UAUCCAGAGUGAUAAAAGAAGAAAAAACUAUCAAACCCAAGGAUCCAUUAUCAUAGAAUGAAGCUUGUUAUAUUUUAUUUAAAUUUAAUCGAAACUUCAACGAAAUCUGACGAUCAUACAGAGUUGAGGAAACCAAAAAAAAAAAUUAGUUGUCAGUGAGAGUGGUGAGCACGCAAAAAUACUCCUCAAAAGAAUCACAAACCAACUCAAAAAUCCCAUUUGAUUUCUCACUUUCCAUACAUAAAUUUAUGUAAAUAAGUCAUUUUUCCCCUCAACAUCUGUUUCUGGUCUGUUUCUGGGUGAUUCUUGAACAUGGGUUGCUCUGGAUCCAAAGAAAAUGAUGCAGCUAAACAGAUACGAAAACCGAAGCCUUGGAAGCAUUCAGAACCUAUUACGAGGGCUCAGCUUGUACAGAUGCGUGAUGAAUUCUGGGACACAGCACCACAUUAUGGGGGUCGAAAAGAGAUCUGGGAUGCACUCCGAGCUGCAGCAGAGUCGGAUAUAAGCCUUGCACAAGCAAUCGUGGACAGUGCCGGGAUAAUCGUGCAAGCCCCUGAUCUAACAAUAUGCUAUGACGAAAGAGGCGCCAAGUACGAGUUGCCCAAGUAUGUUCUAAGCGAGCCAACUAAUUUGAUUCGCGAUAACUGAAAACUGAAAAGUCAAGUUAUUAAUGUACAAUGCUUCAUUGAGACUGUACAUUGUUGUAAAUUUAUUGUCACAAGUUAUUUCUUUCUACAAUUGAUAUUGUUUUGUGCAUGAUGGUCCUAUCUCAAGAUAUCAAAAAAGGCUAUAUGCCCAUAAAUAGAACAGCAACCAUUUACCAGGG